CUCUAUAGUGAUAGCGCGCGCGCGCCAUACGUCGUCGGCCCGACCAGUUGUAACGUGCCCAGUUUGUCAGUGUGUGUGUGUGUGUGUGUGUUCGUGAUUUAUUUUAAAUUUCCAAAAAAAAAAUUUUAAAAGUAAUCUACGGUUUUCGUUUGUCCGGUUGUUAUUAUCAUUUUUUUUUUUUACCCCAUUCAAUAUUAUACUAGUCAAUAUAACGAAUUGUGUAGAAAAAACCAAAAAAAUAGAAAUAACAUACCGUUAAACUUACAAUAACUACAAUUUUUUUUAAGUUUUUUUUCGGGUGUGUUAAGUGCGCGCCUGUGCCAAGCGAACUACAGCGUGACGCGACUUUUUUGUUAACGAAUAUUGGGAUUUCUUAAAAAAAAAAAUCAUGGAUUAUGUUUUCAUCCAGCCGCGUCGAUACUGAAGGUCUCAGUUAAAAAGGACUCGUUCGAAAAACUCGGAAAAAUCAAGGAUUGCGGCGAAGGCGAUGUCCUUGCAGAUAAUGCCGGUGACGGAAGACACGCCUCCCGACAUGUUGGCCGGGGCAAUGGAUCUGAACGUGAUACUGCCCAACGGUUCCGUGAUGAAGAUGAGCGUCGAGAGAAGCACUCCCAUGAUAGACUUGCUCGUGCAGAUAACCACGGCACACAAGUUGUCGCCCGGAAGCCACGCUAUACACGCCAUCGGAGAUCUCGGAGUCCUGCCCUACAAACCGAGCACUCCCAUCGGCACCUUAGAUACGUGGACGGUGAACGUCGUGCCUAAAAACAUUAGCAAGAACGGCAGAUACCAGUCGGCCGUCAAGUGCGUGCCCAAACCGUUCGAACAGACUUUUCGCCUACAGGUGCACUUGCCGAGAAAUCAGCUGUACGUGGCCCGGAUAAGUCCGAAGACGCAACUGUCCAGUAUUCUGAAACAAGUGUGCUCCGAGAAGAACCUAGAUCCGGCCAAGUAUACUCUGAGAAAACCAGACAAACCGAACGAGCCCCUGGACUUGAACAAGACCCUGGUGGAGUACAAGCUGCAGCAAUUGGCUCUGGUGUUGAACGCCAACCGCGCCCUGAUCGGCGGCCUCUCCUCGGACGACAUCAUGUCCCGGACGCCCAAAAAGUUUUCGUGCGACGACAGCUUGAGCAGCGGCAGCCUGGGAGAGAGAAGCCUGAGCCCGACCCGGUCGGACGGAUCGUCGGACACGCCUCGCAGCAGGUCACUCAUGGUGAAGGUGUUGCCGUCCAGGCCGGUGCGGAAAAGGCGACUGGCGCCAAAACCGCCUUCGCAACACCGGUACUCGGUGCCGGAACAGACGAUGAUAUCGCAUUCGCGAAACAGUUCCGACAGCAGCGGUUACCACGAGUCGUCGGUGCUCAGCGACGCGGUCGACUGCAACUCCAGACAAUACCCUAUGGGCAAAGCGUCUGGCCCGAGCUUGUCGCGUUCAAUGACCAACCUGCAAGCGUGCGGACAGAAUCAAAACCAGUUCUCGGUCACGCCUUUUACGUCCAACGGCAUAAGUCAAUCAAAACACUCGGCGUCUACCACGUCUCUGGUGUCCAUACAAGGUCGUAAGAAGAAGGCGGCUCCACCUCCUCCGCCGUCGGCCGCGGUCAAACCCAAGUUGGAACCUCCGCCCGAAGAACCGGAAGACCGCGAACCGGAAGUGCACCGGAAAUCGCAGACUCUGCCGGCCAACGGCGGCGCGUGCAAGUCGAAAACCGCGUCCAGAAUAGAGCUGAACAAUAACGUAGUUGAACCACCCGACCUAUCCCCGGCAACGUCCUCGCUGUCGUCGCUUAGCCGGUCCGACGUAGACAGAGAUGUUGUGUUUGCCGAACCCUCGUCUCCCGUGUCCUCGGUAUCUGUAGAUUGUAGUAGACAAGCUCCUCUGGCAAAGAAUGCACCGAGAACCAAAAGGCCGGCGCCUAGGCCACCGGCACGGUCUUCGUCGAUAGGUCGUCAGUCGGAGCCCCAGUCUGCCUCGGCAUCGCCUCUACGGUUACCUUCAGGUUGUUCGACGGGCGACGAAGACGAACUGCGCAUGGACGACGAGGAGAUCGACAGGAUAUUCGGCGACGCCACCGACGGGUACGACAGCCCGUCCGGCACGCCGGCCGCCAAAGACGACAUCGAAUGGGAGUACAAGCUUCCGGACCCGCCGACGGCUUUCAGGGACCACCAACGGCGUUCGCCCACCGUCACCGCGUUCGACACCGUCACCAUAGGCGCGCUGUCCACGGACGGUACCAUUGGCGACGCGUCCGCGACGGCCGUCACCGUUGUUGAAGAAGAAGAAGUAAAAGAGGAAGCUAUCAGGCCGGAGAGCGGCCUCGAGAAAACUGUUGUGGUUGUCGACGAAUACGUGCAUUCGUGUUUCCUGCAGGAUUCGGGCGUCGGGUCGGACGACUCGUCGCUGCCGUCCAGUUGUGAAGAGAAGCUGACGGCUCACGCGGACGAAAAAUUGUCGUCCGCCAAGAUCGCCGAACCCGCGACCAACGACGCGUCGGCCGCCAAGAAGAAACUGAACAACUUCAAAAUCGUUGCGUACGACGAUGAUUGCUGCGGCAGCAGGCCCACCGAGAUAUUCUGCGACGAUUCCGUGAAAACUUGGAAGACGACGCAGAAGGCCAGGGAGGCCAAUCCCGCGUACAACGCCACCGCCGCCGGCAAGACGUCUACGGUCAGCAGACGCAAUUCGUUCAACUCGACGGGCGUCCGACCGCCACUGGUGUCGGCCGCCGGCCCGGUCACGGUCAAAAGGAGCACGUCCCAUAUAAGCCUGUUGAGCGGCAACAUAAAACCGUGGAAUCGGUUGGCCAAACACCACUACAUCGGCCGUACGUACUCAACGGAACCGCUGGACUAUGAUGACCGGCCUCUGGCCCGGAGAUCGUACAGCGUGGACGACAUAACGGAAGAUGCGCGAGAGAGCAGUACAGACGAGCAAACGCCCAAAACUGUGAACGAGCCUACGCUAGAACAAACGUCACCGCUGCACUCUCUACAGGUAUUAAGAACUAUUCUACCGCAGUUGCAAGAGCACCAACCCAAAGAAUACGAACAAAAAACGACGAGUUCCAAUUUCAGACUUGCCGACGACAAAUCGACUGCUGUUAUACUCGACGACGACGACGACUUCCGGUCUAGUUGGAAGUUUAACGCUAAUAAUCAAAAAAGAGAAGAAGAAAUGGUCGUUGAACAAACAAAGGAAACAACGUCACCAUUCGUCACACCCGCCGUGGACAACGUUAUUGCGUCCCACGUCCAGAAGACGGAGGUGACCGAUGUAGAAAACCGUUUACGGCCGGCAACGUCGACCGUUACUCGGGACGCAGAAACCCGUAAUAAACCAGAUUCCGGCAAAUUCGCUUACGCCGGUCCACCCAAAAUCAGCCUGUCCACGUGGAACGAACGUCCCAAGAGACAGGUGAGCAUCAAGACGGACAGGGACUACGUGAUCGGCGGCCUCAGACAGAGGUUCCAACAGAACGAAAACGACGGCCAACGACCUUGGGUGGCAUUCAAAGGACAGGCGGACAAGAAACCUAUGGCAGCCGUCUCGCCGUCGACCGCGGCCGUGCCAGACUCGUCGGUGUCCCGAGUGCCUGUGGUCAAGUCGGUGGAGCUAAAAAAACCGUACGCCGAACAGCUGCAAAUACCGCCGGCGCUGGCGUUGUCCGAAGUCAUCAAAGCUCAGGCCAAGCUCAGCAACGGUUACGGCGGCGGCGUCGGUUGCCAGCAGAACCGUAGCAGCGAAGACCGCGUCAAGCCUUGUCCGGCGGCCCCCACGUUCGGCGAGCUCAAAUCGUCGAGGAACUGCGUGCGUCCCGUGCUCAAGAAGCCUCAGCCGUCGUUCGGGAUUAAAGGUUGUCCCGAACAAGAAGACCCGCGGCAGAAUCUACUGGAAGCCAUCAAGGCGUUCGGCGGCCGCGACAACCUGAGAAAGAUCAGGGCCUGAUCGGGGCGCGCCUUUUUUUUUCUUACAACGCCAAACGCCAGUUAAGGUCAAAGCUCGUCGAGCUUGGUGUUUUCAACAAUCAAAAUUCUUAAGGACCUACGCUAUUACUGUAAACGUGCACACUUGCUGCGUCGUCGUC